AUGACGCCGCCCUACGCCCCCCGCGUCGGCGACAGCAUCACGACGCUCGACACGCCGUCCAUGAUCGUCGACCUCGACAUCAUGGAGCGCAACAUCGCCCGGCUAAUGGGCCGCCUGCUGCCGACGGGCGUGCGCGUGCGCCCGCACCUGAAGACGACCAAGAGCACCGCGCUGGCCAAGCGCAUGGUGUCGGCCGGCGCCACAGGCGGCUGCGUGGCCAAACUGAGCGAGGCCGAGGCCAUGGCAGCCGCGGGCUUCGAUGACUUGCUGAUCACCUGCGAGAUCAUCGGUCCAGCUAAAGUGCGUCGCCUCGUCGCGCUGCACGCCGCACACCCGGGGCGCAUCAUGAUUGUCGUCGACAGCGCCGCCGGCGCCGACGCCAUCGACGCCGCGCUGGCAGCUGCAGACCCGCCCCUGCCGCCAAUCCCCGUGCUGAUCGACGUUGACGUCGGACUGCACCGCACGGGCGUGCCGCCGGGCAAGCCGGCGCUGGCGCUUGCACGGCACGUCGCUGACACACUCCCGCGCCUGCACAUGGUCGGCUUGCAGGGCUACGAGGGCCACCUGCAGCACGUGCACAGCCGGGCGGAGCGCGAGGCGGCGUGCCGCGCGGCGAUGGCAGACCUGGUCGCGACGGCGGCGCUGCUGCGCGGGGCCGGGCUGGACAUGGGCGUGGUGACGACGGGCGGCACCGGCACGGCCGAGUUCUGCGCGUCCGUGCCGGGCGUCACCGAGGUGCAGCCGGGCUCGUUCAUCUUCAUGGACACGGACUACCGCGCGGCCGUCGGCGGGGAUGUGUUCGCGUACAGCCUGACGAUCCUGGCCACGGUGCUGAGCCUGCAGGGGACGAACUCGGCGACCAUCGACACGGGGCUCAAGUCGCUGACCACGGACAGCGGGCUGGCCCAGUGCAAGGACCCGCGGUAUACGUAUGCGUGCAUGGGCGAUGAGCAUGGCGCGCUGAGCUGGGAUGACUCUGAAGGCACGCCGCCGCUCAACAUCGGCGACCGCGUCGAGAUGGUGCCUAGCCACAUUGACCCGACUGUGAAUCUGCACGACGUCUACUAUGCCCACCGCGAUGGCGUCAUUGAGGAGAUCUGGCCCGUCGAUACUAGGGGGAAGGUGCAGUAG